CUCUUGGCGAGCAGGCGCCGACCGCUAACCGGUUUACCUACCCCGGCAAGACCAUCGCAUGUGUGACAUCAGCUGGAUCCUUGUAUUCACGCCUUGAAUUCCACGUCGUUGACGACGCGUUUUGCUAUCAUCCAUGUAUAAAAUCUCUUUGUUAUUUCAUGCAUUACGCGUCUAAGAAUUGACUUCACCUUGAAGCAUCCUUCACAUCGUCGUCUUCUUCUUUUCCCUCUUCGCAUUUCAAAGAACAGCGCCCUCAAUAUAUUUAUCCCUAUUUUUCUUUUGCUUCUACGCCUGCUAUCCUAGUCAUUGACAAUAGUCCAACAUGAAGGCCUUCAAGAGUUUCUUGAAAAAGCGUCGCCAGAGCUUUCAGAACCGCAAAUCGAAACCAGUGGAACAACCUUCCGCCCCUACCAAAGUCGACAGUCCCAUCGAGACGCCAGCACCAGCACCAGCGCCGGCGCCGGCGUCCCAGGCCAAUGGUGACCAACAGCAAGUAUUAGCUGAAGCCGCUCCUGGAACUCUUCAGCUCGCACUCCAGAACAAGUCCAACUCCAGCACGGUAUAUGCAUACAUCACAGGUCUUGCCCUCGAGCGGGGAAAUACGCCAAUUUUUAUCCAGUCAGACGGCCAGACUGUGUACUAUCCUGUAGCACCCAGUGAAAUCCUGCAACCACUCCAGGCUGACGUUGCCAUUCCGCUCGGUAAUCCCGGGAAUACUGUUAAUGUCAGAAUACCAAAGAUUGCUGGUGGUCGCAUCUGGUUCAGCAUUGGCGCGAAGCUCACCUUCCGGCUCAACCCCGGCCCUGCUGUCGUCGAACCAAGCGUAACCAACCCUAGUGAUCCAAACUUCAACAUCGACUGGACCUUCUGCGAAUUCACCUACAACGAUGCACAGCUUUUUGCUAACAUCAGUUAUGUCGACUUUGUCAGCAUCCCAGUUGCGAUGAGCCUCACCAACACCCAAGGUCGAACGCAGAGCGUUCCAGGCAUGGGUCCUGAUGGACCGAAAAUGUUACAGGAUAGGCUACGCGCCCAAGCACAAAGUGAUGGGCGCCCUUGGGACAGGUUGAUCUACGAGAAUAACGGCCGUGCAUUGCGAGUUCUGAGUCCAAAUAACCUACUUGUCGGCAAUGCGGAUGCGUGGGGUAAUUACUGGGAUGGCUACGUCCAAGCAGUGUGGAACAAGUUUCGCAAUGAAGACAUGAUCAUCAACACACAAGCUGCUGCUGGUAAUCUGCGAGGUCGCGUUCAGGGUAACGAGCUUCAGCUUGGGGAGGCGGGUUCUUUCUCUGCGCCAACAGCAAGAGAUAUUUUUACGUGCAGCACUGGACCUUUCCAAACCGGCUCCAACCAGGCUCGCAAUGCAGUCAUUCCUCGUCUCGCAGCUGCAUUCAACAGAAGCACUCUGCUUAACACACUUGGCAACCAAUUUCCCAAUGGCAGCAACCCGAGCCAAUACUACAAAGACCCAACGACGAACCACUAUUCGCGCAUCUUGCAUGAGAUUCAGAAGGAUGGACGCGGUUAUGCUUUCCCCUACGACGAUGUGGUCCCAGACGGUGGACAGGAUGUCGCUGGAACAAUUUUUGACGGAAGUCCACAGCUGUUUACCAUCGCUGUAGGCGGCAACUAGUAAUGCGAUUGCUGCUUUGUUAGGUGUUGUUCAUGUUUGUCAUGGUACAAAGAAUGGGAGUCUGUUGCCUGAGAGACUGGUUUUAGCAUGCAUCCUUCAUUACUAUAUACCUCUUCAUUGUAUUUUUUUCUUCGUCCUAGAAUACCAUUAUCUUCACAUUGAGGCAUCGUUGCCUAGCUUAUGAAAUGUCAGAGUCUAUUUGUAUAUAUAUCAAGUUGUCUUCUGCUCACUCAUGUUAAUUCCUACUUUUUUUUAGUAAAUGAUCCAUAUAUGUUCCAUGUUUGCCCCACUUGUAUAUUAGAAUAUGAC